ACACCAUCUCGGAUGCAAAAACUCGUGAUGGGCGGUGAAGUGUUGCAUGACUUUAAUUUCUGGCUUUAACUCCAGUGGGUAAAAUAAACAUAAUCCUCCAUGAACCCUCUGCUCCUGCUACAGGAAGAUUUUGAAGUGCUCAUGUGGACAUGCAGAGGUACCUGUGGCCUGGUUAUGAGGUGCAGCUUCUCGGGGGGCUGCAGAGACAACAGAACAGUGCCCAGUUCUGUGACACCCUGCUCCAAACUGAGGGUAUCUCGAUCCCAACCCACAGCUGCGUCCUUGCAGCUCUCAGCCCGUACUUGUCUCAGAAGCUUUCAGCCUCCCCCUCACCUCCAUCUGGACAGAGGCGUCAGCUCCAGCUCCAGACCGUGAAGGCCCAGACUCUGCUCAAGCUGGUUGGUCUGCUUUACUCUGGUGUGCUGGAGGUAAAAGGAAACAACGAGAAGAGUGAUGUGCUGGCUGCAGCCCACCAGUUUGGAAUCACAGACCUUGUGCGAGGACAGAAGGGUGGAGGCCCGAAAGAAGUCCAGGAAAGGAGGCAGAGUCUUGGGAAUUGCAGAGAGAGACGGGGAAGCCUAAAAAUACAGGAGACACAUGUUGAGGCUGAGGUGGCGGGCACGGGAGAGGAAAAUUCACCAGUCAGAAGGAAAAUCAGCGUGUCUGUUGGCACACAGACGGCAACCAUUCCUGAAAAUUCAGUGGAUUUUGGAAAUCUGGAGCCUGCCUCCUCUGUAGCUCAAAGCCCGGAUGUUUGCAUCACUGUUCCACAUCUCACCCCUCGCCCCGCCGUCGCCAGUGAUGCAGAGUCUACAUUUGGCCGAACUUGUGACAGUGUAACGAAUCCCACAUCCACUUCAUCUUUUUCCAUUGACACCGUGCCUUUUCCUACCAUCCGUAAUGAUUCCAGCUCCUCGGAAGCUCAGGGCGACUGUUACCAAGAGUCAUCCGAGUCUGGGGACAGCGUCACCUGGUUGUCCAGAGAAAGGGCAGGAUUGGAGGAUGGAAAAUCAAACGGCACGGCAGCCGAGAGCGUAAAUGCAGAGCAGCCACGACGGGUCUGCAGAGAUGAGAUGAACGAAAAAGAAAACUCGAGUGAGAAGAGUCCUGCACAAUGCAGCGUGGCGGUGAAAGAUCUAACCAAGAUGAAGGAGAUGAUGGAAGACGCACAGAUAUCCAUCAAGUCAUCUUUCAAAAAGCCACAGACAGAUGCUGAGGAACUUGAGCCUCCUCCCUCCCCUGUCCCCCCAUGCCCUCUUCAGAAACCAGAGAUCCAGAACCUUCCACCUGCUGUAACCAGCUCUCCCACACAACCAGAGCAACACCACAACUCCACCUCUGAAUCCCAGUCUUUCUCCAGCAGCAGCUUCACCUCAAACCCCGACACUGAGCUCGAAUCAGCGCCGUUCAAGCUCUCUCACUGCUACCCGUCCUUCUGCCCUUCCUCCUCAGUUUUCAGGAGCUUAUUAAUUGGUAUCCAUUGUUGCUUUGCAGCUCCAAACCAGCCCAAGUUGAUCCAGCAGCAGCCGACUCUCCAGUGCAACUCAGCUGUCAGAUCUUUAUGGCAAAUCGAUGGAUUGAGCUGCCAGAGUUUGCCCCCAUUCAAAAGUCAAAAUUCUCUGUAUCCGGAAACACCCACAGGCUCACAGUCUUCAGCUUUCUUCACCAGAGGCCAGAAACUCCAUUACCCAGCAUUUCAGCCACCGUCCUCACAAGAUGAUCAACAGAGUCUCGAGUUUUUGCCUCUGCCAAAUGGAAAUGGGACACAGUCUGAACCCACUUUUUCCUCACCUUGCAUGGAUGACUUGCGGCUUCCUCAGCGUCUCUCCCCAUUAGAGCCAAGUUCAUCUGCAGCUAAAGGUCAGCCUCUACUCAACAACUCAGCAAACCCUGAACACGGUGUCCAGCAGCAGCCAUCCUUACGUAGGAGACCCUGGCUCUCGGACAACGCUGGUUCACUGCAGUUUCCCUUUAGCAGCAUCAUUUGCACAGGUCGUAAAAGUACAUCUCCAUCACCAGAUCCAGAUCACAGCUGCCAGUCAAAGCAAGAGCAGCAGGAGAAGGAUUUGCAUCUAAAAAAUAGAGGAACCAGCGCAGAAGGUUGCAAAGGGAAUAGCUUGAAAAAGAGAGGAAAAAAAUCAGCAGCAGAAGUAAAAUCGUACUCCAGGAGGCUGAAGGAGAGUUUCAAAUAUAGACAUGAUGACGCUACAGGAGACGGGAGGAAGAGAAGGCGCACAAAUUAUCAACAAGACUCCACCGGUUCUUGUUCUGCGUACAAAGAUUUAAAAGUCAGCGAUGGAACAAAGAAUUGUUCAGUGAGGCUGUCGAGUAACAAUGUGCUAUUGAAGGAAAGAGAAGUGGCUAUCAGGUCUUCAAACGCACCAUCUGGACUUCCAGGGAAACCCAGCAAAAUGUUGCCCGUCGUUGACAUUGGGGAAGAAAAACCCUUUGGCACCAAGCCGCCUCGGAUCAGGACCAGGGGCUUUAUGAAAAAAUCUCAAGAGGCAGCAAAUAACACAACCCCACCUGAAACGCCUUGCAUUUUCAAGCCUGUCGUCAGCAGAGCGCAGCUUGUGAAUCAGGAUGGCGUCUCGCUCGUGAAAAGGAAACGUGGUAGACCCCGAAAAAUAAGACCUGUAGAGGACUCUACACAAAGUGUUCCUGCCGUUGUUGAAAACAAUGAAAAUGUCGACAAUGCGCAGGUCGACGGGGACUUGCCAACGGAGCAGGAGGAGAAAAAAAUGGAGAAGUCGUGCAGAAAACGGAGGCAUGAGAGCGAGGUGGAGGUCAGCCCAGUGAAGAAGACUGCGAGUGUCGAGCACACGGAAAAGGCUGAAGAAACCAAUAACGACUGUAACGUAAAACCCGGGACAGCGAAUCAGCGGCACACGGUCACUCUGAAGGACAUUCAGAAGCUUAUUAAAUGGCAACAAGCACGAAGGAUGAAGUCCAAACAGACCCAGGAAACACAUGAACCUGCAGAAGGCACAGAUGGCAUAUUGGAGAAAGGAGUGGACAUUAAAGACGGGACAAACUCUGAAGAACAUCACAAAGGUUCAAACAUGGCAGUUGAUAAAAAUCACAAUCUUCUUCUGAGCCCGUCUGCAGAGACAAACAGUCGUAUGAGCGAGAAGAGGAGUUUGGAUGGUGAUGAAGACCAGCCAGUGUCCUUAGACGUUGUGGAAGAAAAUGAAGCCAAGGUGACACCGGAGCGAGAGCGACCACUGGAAAGUCCUUAUGAAGGAGUAUGCCUCUUUCUGCUUGCACACAAACAUGCACGCACAUGCUCCUGCUACCCUCACAGUCUCCUUCUGUGUGGCACAGGGAAAUCCCAUACAACAGGGUCGCCAUUCCUCAAUGAUGACUGCUCCUCUCACAGUGACGCCCUCCAGCCUGAAGAAAACACAGCUUUGGACUUCAUGUUGCAGCCAUUGACCGUGAAGAUAACCAGUACAGACAAAAAGGGAAAAGAGGAGGAGGAAGAAGAAGAGGUGGAUGUUCUGGUUUGCUCCCCAGAAAAAGCAUCUCAGACCAGAGAGUGUGAGGGGUUCCUCAACAACAUAGACAUGACUCCGAAUGAAGAUGAGGAAGACGAUGUGAAUGAAAUUGACGUGACUGGAGACGAGGCAGAGUAACGUCAUGUACGUGUAUAUUUUUUACCCCGUCCAGUGGUCGGCUCUCACUCUAAUGCUGCCUCCGUUCUGGUUGUAUUUAUGUUCACAUGUCACAUGAAGUUGCGUAUCAAGAUUCAUUUUUACAUUCUUCACUUCAUGUUUUCACCGCUUUGGGUUUUCGUUUAGUUCCUUCUGUAUACGGUUCAAAAAGAUGUUUAAUUUCCUUUAAUAAUAUUCUAAAGAAAAAGUUUCUUUUGUCAAUUUUAUAAAUUUUACAUUUUCAGCAAAAUUGUCCGAUGAAUAGAGGAAAAGGCACUUGAGUGGCCUUCAGUGAUGUCCCUCUGUAUGUUUCCAUUGUGGAAAAGAUCUGUUGUUUUAAGUCUAUAUUUGUAAAACCGUUUUAUGUACAUCAGUACAUAUUAUAAUUAUGGUUUAUUAAACGUUUUCAUGUGACAGCUUGCUUUCUUUAAAAAGCACCAUAGCUGAGCACAAGAGGGCACUACAGAAUAUACACUCACUGGCCACAUUAUUAGUUACGUUUUGCUAGACUUCUAAUUGGCAUAGAUUUAACAACGU